AUGUUCGAGUCACGUGUCCCAAUGCUUCGGCGCACCCGCCAAUUCACCUCACCUGAGGAAUCCGUAGGAGAACUUAUGGCCCGAUGCUGCUGCCUCAAGUACCCCCCAUGGCAAAAAGAUGACCUUUGCUGGGACGUCCGAGGUGAGGCCUUGAAAGCCUAUAACAGCUUCAGCCGUCUGGUAUGGAAGAAACUCGAGAAUGAAUGCACUGAACGCCCUGAUCGCUCGGGCCUCAUUGUCAGUGUGUACAUGAUUGGCUACUCUCCAUCUACAGCCGUCCCUGUUCUUGUGUUUGUAAGCAAGAACAGAAACGCAGCCAAGGAGGCCCAGAAGAUUGUGAAGAAGAGUGGAAUUCUGAAGCGGUACCCGGGUUUCGAGACUGCGAUUAUGGAUCUCUUGCCUACUGGGAGUUUGGUUCUAGUCGCUCAGGGGCCAAAGAAAGCAACUCAAGAUAAUCUGCCCGUUCCGGGUCGGCGUGAGGUGUAUUACGAUCCCAGAUUCGAGAUUGAGUCGGUAGGAAUGGCACUGUAUGUACGAGACGAAGAUGGAACAUUUGAAAAAGCCACUGGCAAUGUGGUGGUUAGCGAACAGGGACUCGGGUACUUUACAGCUGCACACGUCUUCCAAGCACAAGAUGUGGCGACGGAGCCUGUUGUCGGAUGGGGCGAAGACGCCAGUGUUGAUGAUGACUCGGACAGUGAUGACUUCGACGAAGACGACCUCGAACUCCUAUCGCGAUACAGCCAAAGCUCGCAGGAGUCACUGUCUCCUGACCUGACUGAAAGCACAACCCUCUCCUCCUCAUCCCUCCCAUCCUCCUCCUCAGAAACAGUCGACACCCAAGACGCAACGACCUUCACCCCAUCCUUGCCUCCUAUACCCGCCUCUUCCUCCCCCACAGCCCCAGAACCCUACGUAAACCGCACCAUGCGUCUCGACGACAUCGACCUCCACCACCUCGGCCACUGGACCCCGACCUCCCCAACCUCAGCCCUCAACCAAGACUGGACCCUCAUCACCAUAACAAACACCACUGUCCUAUCUUCCCUCUCCAACCCCCUCACCCAGCCUCCCCUCCUCCCCCCCUCAACCCCGCACCCCCCUCACAAAGCCGAAGUAGUAAUCCACACAACAUGGGGUCGCCUCCGCGCCUCGCUCCUCGAAACACCCGUACUGUUACGUCUGCCUGGUAGCAGUAAAGUAGCGGAGGUGUUGCGGUUCGAAUAUAGGGGCAGCCUUGGGGUGGCGGAUUGCGGGUCUUUAGUUGUGGGGCAGGGAACCGGGGAGGUGUAUGGGCAUGUUGUUGCGGGGGCGGCGGAGGGGAGGGUGGGUUAUAUGGUUUCUGCGGUUGGGACGAUGGGGGAGAUGCAGGCGUGUGGUGGAUGGAGGGUUGUUGGGCUGGUGGAGUAA